GAACCCCCAUCCGCAAUGGCGCUGUCGGUGCAAGCCGCUGCCGCGGCCGCCACUCCGCGCCUCCUCCUCCCUCUCUCACCCAGCCGCGCUGCUCCGGCGCCUCCUCACCCCCUCCACAUCCGCGCCGUCGCCUCCUUCCACUCCCCUCGCGCGCUUGCGCCUCGGCGGGCGAGCGUGCGGGUCCGCGCGGGCGCCGGCGGCGGGCGGCGGAGGGAGUCCCCGUACGAGGUGCUCGGCGUGCCGCCCUCGGCCGCGCCCGCCGAGAUCAAGCGCGCGUACCGCCGCCUCGCGCUCAAGUUCCACCCGGACGUCAACAAGGAGGCGAAUGCUCAAGAGAAGUUUCUGCGGAUCAAGCACGCGUACAAUACGCUGAUGAAUUCGGAGAGCCGGUCCAAGUACGCAAGCAGCAGCAGCGGCAGCAGCCCUGAUUCUUCGUGGGCUGCUGGAAGCAGAAAAUCAGCAGACUCAGAAGAGCAAUUCUAUGGGUUUGGUGAUUUCCUUAAAGAUCUGCAAACCGAAUUUCAGAACUGGGAAGCCGGCCUGAAUUCAGACCAGAAACCCGAAAGCCUGUGGGAAGAACUAUCAGCGAUCGGUGAGGAAUUCGUUGAGUUCCUGGAGAAUGAACUGAAUAUCGAUGACUCAAGUACCGAGGAAGACGACGGGAACAACCAAUACACGCAGUUUGGAGGAAGCGGCAGAAAUUCUCAGCGUGACAAUGCAAAACCAAAUAGAUCCGAUGAUGGCGUGUCUGACAUAGAGGCAGUUCUUGAGCAGCUGAAGAAGGAGCUUGGGCUGAGCUAAACCGUUUCACUGUUUGCCCACUGCCUAUUGCAGUUUGCUACUAACUGGUGUUCAUAUGAAGGUGUUUCCUUAACGGAUGUUCUCACCGAUGGCGGUAAUAGUUACUGGGUAUUGUAAUUUAGCUGACAGAGCUCGUUGGUUCACCAUCGAGGAUUUUGCAGAAUGUAUUGUUCCUGGUUUUCUAGGGCAGCACUUUAUUACUUUUGGAAAGACGAGAGGAAUUGCUAGUUUGUAUUUGAAAUUUUGAGGAGAGGGAUAACAUAUCCCGGUA